AAAGUCUCCCCACACAGGAUACAAUCGAAUUACGUCUCUGCUGUGCAACACGCCUCCAUCUCCUGAUUUCGAGAAUGAACAGACAGAGACCAAGCACAAGCACGGUGGCGUUGGUCUUCAAUGCUCUCCUGUUGUUUGCUCACGGGGUAGCCAGCCAAGAUACAGGAUGUCAACGAGACGAAUGCAUCUUGCUCACCGACUGCCCCAAGCUUCUCGAGCUCCUUAAGAACCCCACGAGAGACAACAUCAGGGAACUACAGAAAGCUACGUGUUUUAUUAACAGGCGAGAGCCAUGGGUGUGCUGUCCCGCCCCUGCCGCCCCUGUCACCGAGCCUCCUAAGGUCAACAAAGAGUCCCUCCUGCCGGCGAACUGUGGCCUUGUGGGAGACGUUCGAGUGGUAGGAGGAGAAGACGCCCCCAUCAACGCCUAUCCUUGGAAGGCAGUCCUGGGAUAUCGAAUUGGAGAUUUACCUGAAAUACACUUUGAAUGUGGAGGUUCAGUCAUCAGCGAGAGGUAUAUCAUGACAGCUGCCCACUGCGUCAAUGCCAAUAUACUGAAUACGCGAAAACUCGAACUGGCUGUAAUUCGACUGGGUGAGUGGGACCUCUCCACGGAAGAAGACUGCACUGACAUCUGUGCUCCUCCGGUCCAAGAUUUCGACUUUGAGGAAGUUAUUGAACAUCCAUCCUACGACAACCGGACACUCUUCUCAGAUGACAUCGCUCUUAUCCGACUGAGCAAACCAAUCAACUUCCUGACAUCAGCUGGCUUUAUCCAACCCGUGUGCCUCCCGCCCGCCGAUUUUUCCCUGAGCGCGGAGGCCAGGAGCCAAGGAGCGAUCGUGGCCGGCUGGGGCGUCACCGAGAGGGGAAUCCAGAGCGACAGACUGCAGCAUCUCGCCCUGCCCUUCGCCGAGAAACAGAAGUGCAACGAGGUGUACAGAGGCAACCUGGUCGCGGAACAGAUCUGCAUGGGAGGGGAACCCGGCAAGGACUCCUGCAGGGGGGAUUCCGGAGGUCCUCUGAUCGUGCCUGCAGGAGUCGAAAGGACGCAAUCCAUGCAGAUUGGGAUCGUUUCCUACGGUCCUACGAGUUGCGGCCAGGAAGGAUUCCCUGGCGUCUAUACUUCCGUCAGCCAUUAUAGAUCCUGGGUCGAGGAAACUAUGAGGCCGUAGAUAAAGAAAACGGGGAGCGGAGGUAAGAAAACGGGAAGAGGAGGUAAGAAAACGGGAAGAGGAGGAAAGAAAACGGGAAAGGAAGUAAGAAAUUAGAGAAGAAAAAUGAGACAGGAAAAUGGAAGGAUGAAAGAAUAAACAUGAAGGAAAGUCAGGUAAUGAAGAAAGGUGGAAUAUGAAAAAACUAUAGAAAUAAAGGAAGAAGGAAAGGAAAGUAAUAGGAAAAAACUACAAAUGAGGAAAGAAGCAAAGGGAAACAAUAACGAAGAAUUUAUUGGUAUAACGUCUGUGAUAACUUUCUGUUUGUGUUUACAUUAAUAAACAUCUGUGAUAUUAACAGAG